GCAACUACGAUUUUUUUAAUGCUCCUUAGCGUCCACCUCGCCACAUUCUGGCGUUGUCGGCAGGAUCCACAUUAAUAAAGGCAGAGACGUGUUUCAUUUUUGUCCUUUUCUUUAUAUAGUUUUCCUUCUUGUGUUCUGUUAAACUGGUUAUUAGUGGGUGUCCUGUUUUGCAUGUGUAAUUGUUGAGCCAAAACGGCAGUGUCUGUUCCAGGGACAUAAAAUUUUUUUUUCUUACACUGCUUUGUGAGGCUUGGUGUAGGUUGUUCCAUCAGUAUGGAGGAGGAGAUGCAGCAGCUUAAGGAGCUUGUGUUGCAGCUUAAAGCGGACAAUGAGCGGCUCCGUCAGGAGCGGGCUGCUUCGCUGGGGGACUCUGGUGGGGCUGCUCCCUUUGCUCCGCCUGGUCAUGCUCUGCCUGCAGGUGCGGCUGCUGCUGUUACAGAGCGGCUGGUUGUCGUCCCAAGAGACCGUAGGUGCCCGAUGUUCAACGGGGAAGCGAAGGAAGAAAUUAAGUAUCGCUCUGCUGCAGAGCGAGGAGACCCAGGUAAGGUUCUCACCAUUUUACAAGAGCUGUAUGGUUGUGCUCAGCCUUACGUAACCUUGCAGCAGGCUUUCUUCUCUCGGCACCAGCUGGAGGGCGAGACCUUGCACGAGUUCUCUUUGGCCUUGAUGGCUUUAAUGGCACAGGUGAGGCAGUGCGCACCUGAUGGUGUGCCAAAUGCUGAUAUUCUCCUUCGGGACCAAUUUAUCGAGCAUGUGCUUGACUGUUCUCUCCGGCGGGAGCUUAAACAGCUUGUUCGUCGUCAGCCAACUGUCACACUGUUGGAGCUGCGUGGUGAGGCGAUUCGGUGGGAGAGGGAGGGUCUGCCAGGAGGCACUAGAGGGCGUAGUGUUUCUUUGCCAGCAGCUUAUGGCCUGCAGUAUAGCAUGCAGGGCCAUGCCCCGCUGGCCCCUAAUAGCACUCCAUCUGGGCCAGGUCUUAGUGAGCUGAUGGAUCUUUUGAAGCGCCAGCAGGAGCAGCUGGACCAGUUGACUCAGACCGUAGCCUCCCUACAGGCCCCUCGUUCACAAGGCCAGACUUCUCGCAGUGGCCCUUUAAUUUGCAGACGGUGUCAGCAGCCUGGCCAUUUUGCUAGAGAGUGUGACGGUGGACGGGUCCCCCGUAGACAGCGGGUUAGUUCAGUGCCUGGCUUGAACUCUAAUGCUGCAGGGUUAACUCAUCCCUCUCACCCUUCGGAAAACUGA